AUGGAGCAAGAUCCAGGAUUCAUUGCCGCCGUCGAAGAAGCGAAGCAGGGUCUCGCCGAGGGUGGCGUGCCAAUUGGCGCAGCCCUAGUCUCCAAGGACGGCAAGAUCCUUGGCCGAGGUCACAACAUGCGCGUGCAAAAGGGCAGCGCCAUUCUGCAUGCCGAGAUGUCUGCUCUCGAAAACUCGGGCCGUCUUCCUGCCUCUGCGUACGAGGGUGCUACGAUGUACACCACUCUCUCGCCGUGUGAUAUGUGCACCGGUGCGUGCCUUCUCUACAAGGUCAAGCGAGUGGUCAUUGGUGAGAACAAGAGCUUCAUGGGUGGUGAGGAUCUUUUGAAGAACCGCGGCGCGGAGACCGUUGUCUUGGACAACCAGGAGUGCAAGGAUCUUAUGGAAAAGUUCAUGAAGGACAGUCCUCAAUUGUGGAACGAGGAUAUCGGUGUCUAA